AUGGCAAGGUUUUUGACAAUAGCAGUUCUAGCUAGCCUUCUCUUGGCACUCAUCGCCAAUGCCUCUUCUUACAGAACAACCAUCACUACCGUGGAGUUUGAUGAGCAGUCCAGCAGGAGUCGAUCUGGAGGCUGCCAAGAGCAGAUUCGGAGGGUGGACUUGAGCAGUUGUGAGCAAUAUGUAUCCCAAACAUCAAGGCCAAUGUUAGCACUCCGAGGGAUCCACAAUCGACAGGGUGAUCAAGAGCAAGUUCAGCAAUGCUGCCAGCAAAUAAGGCAUGUGGAUAGGCAGUGCCAGUGCGACGCUUUACAGUCUGUGAUCGAGGAGCAAACACAGCACCAACGCCGCCCUGAACAGGAAGAGACGCAGGAAGUACAGAGGAGGGCAACCGAGAUACAAAGACAGUGCAGCUUGCCCGAUUGUCAAUCCCUAUCAAUCUGGUUCUAG